AGCGUUAUAGGUUUAUAUAUUGUGUUGAAAAUAAAGUAAAUUUACGUUGACCGUUGUAUUUGUUGAGGUUCCAUCAACAUUAAGAAUGGAAGAUGAUUUUGAAAUCCCAUCAAAAGACACAAUUCCUAUCGCAACUGCAUCUGGUGAAACCACUCCCCUAAAAGGUUCGCUUACACGACCAAGUAAAGCAGUGGAGAAGGUAUCGACUGAGGGGAACCACCAGAAAACAGACAGUGUAGGAAAAUAUAAGAACCUUGAAUCGGACACGUUUGAAAGAAUCGAACAACCUAAACUGGGAGAUGUAAGAUUACAAUUUGCCCCGAGACGUGAACACCAAAGUAGUACAUGGUCACUUAACAGUAGCACCGCGUCCACCACUACCACCACACACAGGUGGUACCGUCAUCCUAAAGUUCGGGAACACUGGAAAGUGGUUGCCGCUUCCUUUGUUUUAUUUUUUAUUGGAAUAUGUUUAUGUGUGGUUGGUAUUGUAUUGGAAGCAUUACAAGUGCAAUUGAGCGGUAUUUUCAUGCUUUUCGUGAUUGGCGUUGUAUGUUUCAUACCUGGGGUAUACCAUGUGAUAGCUGUGUAUUACGCUGUGAAGGGAAAAAGAGGUUUCAGCUUCUAUAAUUUACCACUGUUCAACUGAACCCAUGGUUUAUACCUGCAUACAUCAGAGUCUACCCUUCAAGUACAUUGGUGGUGAUGAACCAACUUUAAUAAUAAUGCAGCUAAUAAUACGAUCACAGCUUUAUUGGGAUCCUGGUUUCUAAAAAACAUCAAAAUGCAAAUUUUUGCUGAAACUUUGUCUUCUUCAAGUAUGGUUGCUUCUGCUUUGCACAUAAGAAGGGUUGGCCGUCUUACCCCGAUUGCAACACAAACUUACAUUAAAAUGUUCUUGUUUAUUUUAUUUCUAUGGUGCCUUAUAAAUGCUUAAUGUGACGCUAGUUUGUGCUCUAAUCGAGUUAUUUAUUUCUUUUUUCUCGACCAUUUUCAGAUUUCUUUUUUUCUUGAAGCAGGUAUCUUAUUAUUGUUGCAUCUCUUUAAAUGCCUGAUCAUCAUAAUUAUCAUGCCCAAAUUAAACAUCUUCUUCUAUCUUAUAUUGGGUUAAGGUUCUACAGCAGCAUACCAAGGGACACGAGGUAUAAACAUCAUUUCCCCGAUCCCAAUCUAAUGUUAAAGUAGUUACUGCGGUAAUGUGUUAACUCUGGCUUACAUAUUGUGGCAAUAAUGGGUUUUAACACUCCUCAGUGUUAGGGUAAUUGGUUUACUCUGGUCUAAAUCCCAGUUCCCAUGGCAAGCCUCACUAUAGGACCUCACUCAUAUAAAGUAGAAUGUGCAUAUACAAUGUUGGGGUAAUGGACCAACUGUGGUCAAAUCUAAGAUCCCAUGGCAUGUUUGCUGUAGAACCUAACCCAUAUAGAAUAUCCAACUUUACUUUUUUACUUCAUGUAUAGUUCCGUACACACAAACAACACAAUUCUGGGGCAUUGAAGAUAAAACAGUUAGUUUGGCGAUUACUUUUAGUUAGGCUGUCAUGUUUUAUGUAACAGUACCCUGUUAUGACAUCAUUGUACCCUAUUAUGACAUCAUAACAAUUCUUUGUUAACCCCCAUAUUUCUGCGGCCUCCCCUACGUGCAAAUUAUCGCAUGCACUUAACAGUAAUAUGUUACUAGUACCAAGUAUGUGUUUAUAAUAGCAGUGAAUGUGUAUACCUCUAACAAUAUCACCCCAUUAGGAAAUAUAACCCAGAACUUCUCAACCUCUGGCUCCCAGUCCUAAAAUAGCUUUUUUAUUUUAUGCUUUGUAAAAGUUUUGUAAAAUGUAGUUUUAGAAAAUUAAAUACCCAUUUGAUUUGGUUGGGUCACCUACAAAAGUGGUUCACAAACCCUUUUGACCCCUGGCUAUUAUAAAGAUUAAAUCAUUUUAUUUUGUGCUUACAAAAGUUGUUUACAAAAAACUUUUACAAAUUGGGUCGUUAUUAAUUCAUGCUUUUUGGUAUAACCAUACAAUGGGUUGGGAAGUUCUGUGUUACAACGUUUAUCAUACAGUCACCCAUUUUAAUGUUAACACAAUGUUUUACAACUGAUUGGUACAAAUACGUCUCACUGCGUUCUCAUAUUACUUACGUUUACCCUACCAACGUUGUAUGUCUCUUAUUUCAAAAGUACAAAAACCUAUUCAUUUUUUUUAAUGAGACAAUUUAGCAGAAAAUGAAAGUUUGAUAUUUAAUGGUUUAACAAUCCGCAUAAUACAUACAAUUUUAAUACUCAUUUUUAUCCUUAAAUUUGUGGGUAAUGAGCCAACUCUGCCCUGAUUUCCAUUACAUUUCCCACCCAUAUAGAAUAGAAGCUUGAAUUUUUCGAACAACAAAAUAAAGGACGCUUCACUAGACCCUUGAAAUAAACAGAAACGCAACCAAAUCUUACAAUACUAUGAACUCAUUACGUUCCACGACUAUUAUGAUGUAAAAUAUCUCAUUGUUCUACGUAACAAUAGGUGCAUGACGUCACAACUUAAAAUCUAGAAAUCCUAGUUUUGCUGCAAUUCUAGAAUAUUAACAAUUGUUAUUCUGUUUCACUGAUUCUUCUGGUAUUAGCUUGUAUGACGUAAUAAAGUAUUUUAUCGUCAGCUUCGCGUUUUAAACCGCGACAUCGAUGAAUCGUCGUUAAA